GCGCGGGCUUCCGGCAGUCGGUGGGCGGUAGGACCUGGCUGUAGCCGAGCCCGGGCAGCGGGCGGUCGGUGAGUCCGGUCCGGCUCGCUCCAUGUCGGGAAUGAUUUAUCUCCACAGUAACCAUGAGAGCUGCCUGCGGGCCCCUCCGGACACGGCCACGGCCACGGCGCGUUUCCACAGCCGCCCCGAGCCCGCCUUAGGGGAUCUCUUCAACGGUUGCUGCUCCAUGGGGGAGGCGGGGGCCAAGCGGCGGGAGGCGGGGGCUCGGAGCGGGGACACGGCCUGCAGCUCCCUGGCCCCCGCCUCCUCCUCCUCGUCGUCUUCCUCCCCCACCGGCUCCCCUUUCCCCUGGGAAGCGAACACCAACACUAACACUCCCGUCACUUCUACCUCGGCGCCCGGCCCCGGUCACCGGGACCGGGACGGCGCCUCUCCCUCGGACACCAGCGGCUCGGAUCCCGAGGCGGUCGAGAGCCCGGCGUCCCCGCCGAUGCCUGCCCCCAGCAGCGGCACCGGGACCGGCACCGAGCCCGCGGCGCUGGAGGAGUUCACCGACGUCGGUCUGAAAGGGAACCGGAGGCGGAGCGCACCCGAGCAGCUGGCGGCUGGGCUCGAGUGUGCGGGCCCGGCCCUUGGCAACGAGCAGGGGGCCAAGCCCAAGAAGCUGGGCAUCGCCGACUACAUCAGCAGGAAUUUCUUUAGCAAGAGGGCUAAGGAACCUAUUCCUUCUGCUUUUAGUGCUCCUGGCUGGAAGCUAUUUGGGAAAAUUCCACCAAGGGAAAAUUCACAGAAGGAUUCCAAAACGAUACAGCAGGACAGCUAUGGUUGCAAUCUUGCGUCAGUGUCUGCACCUAAUUUGUUCAGUACAGGGGAAUAUGAAGCUCGAACUGGUCGAGUAACCAAAACCUCCCUCCAGCCUGUACGGCGACGUAAUCUUGAGUUUGAGCCCCUGUCUACUACAGCCCUGAUCCUAGAAGAUCGACCAGCCCAUUUACCUGCAAAGUCAGCAGAGGAGGCUCAGCGGCACAGACAAGAAUACGAUGAGAUGGUGGCAGAGGCAAAGAAGCGAGAAAUUAAAGAAGCACAGCGAAGGAAAAGAAUUAUGAAGGAACGAUUCAAACAAGAAGAGAGCAUUGCUCAUGCUAUGAUUAUUUGGAAUACAGAUAUUCUUCCCAACUGGGAGACCAUUCGAAAUACACGGAAGGUGCGUGAAUUAUGGUGGCAGGGUAUUCCACCAAGUGUUCGCGGGAAAGUAUGGAGUUUGGCUGUUGGUAAUGAACUGAAUAUCACUCAUGAGCUUUAUGAAAUCUUCCUGUCUAGAGCGAAGGAACGUUGGAAAAACUUCAAUGAUGUUGGAUCAGAGAAUGAAACUGAAGAAUCUGGAGCAUCAAGGGCUGAUCGAGAGGCCAGUCUUGAACUGAUAAAGCUGGACAUAUCCCGUACAUUCCCUUCACUCUACAUUUUCCAAAAGGGUGGACCAUAUCACGAUCUUUUGCAUAGUGUCCUUGGAGCAUAUACCUGCUACAGGCCUGAUGUGGGAUAUGUCCAAGGAAUGUCUUUCGUUGCUGCAGUGCUCAUCCUCAAUUUGGAAGAAGCAGAUGCAUUUAUAGCCUUUGCCAACCUAUUAAACAAACCUUGUCAGCUGGCAUUUUUCCGUGUGGAUCAUAGCAUGAUGCUGAAAUAUUUUGCAUCAUUUGAAGUGUUUUUUGAAGAAAAUCUUCCAAAACUCUUUUCACAUUUCAUGAAAAAUAAUUUGACUCCAGAUAUCUACCUAAUAGACUGGAUAUUUACACUAUAUAGUAAGUCACUGCCUCUGGAUCUAGCUUGUCGAGUCUGGGAUGUAUUUUGCCGUGAUGGAGAAGAGUUUCUUUUUCGGACAGCAUUAGGCAUCCUCAAAUUGUAUGAGGACAUUUUAGUGCAAAUGGACUUUAUUCAUAUAGCUCAAUUCCUUACCAAACUGCCUGAAGACAUCACAUCCGAAAAACUUUUUGCUUGCAUCACUUCUGUUCAAAUGCACAGCAGCAACAAAAAAUGGACACAGGUGUUUGCUUCACUGAUGAAGGAAAAUAAGGAAGUUGAGAAAAAUCACUGUCCUGCCUUGAAAAGUUAAUAUUCCUUCGUGAACAUUGACUGCCCCAACAUCAAAUGAGCUGGAAUUUGUUGGAGUUAAUGGUGUAGCAAUACUUUAUGGAAAUUUCUUCAGUGCAUCUCCUUAAAGUGGAUGUCUGUUGGAGGUAAAGGACUGAAUAUUGUUGGACUGCGAAUGACCCAAAGAUCUGUCUAUCUUAUCCCUGUUGAUGGGAGAAGUAUUAUGGUGCAGUUGAUCCUUUCGUGGCUUAUGUCCAACAAAAUGAAAUGUUUACACUAGUGUCAGUAUUAAAGCAAAAAUUGAGUCCUGUGCAAAGUAAUUCAUUUAGCAGAUUGAAAACUAUAGUAAUAUUUGAGCACUUAGAGACCAAUCACUUUGCUGUACCGUGUUUAUGGUACACAAAGUACCUCCGAAGCCAGCUGAUUCCCAGAAACUACCUAAUAUGGACCAAAUGGAUUUUGAAUUAUUUUUUUCCUCCAUUGUGUGUAGCGUUUUAGUGAUAGUCUUAUUUGGGAAAUAGCUGGUUUUUACUCUUUAAUGUGGUUAUUUUACUUUAUAAGAUUUUGAAGUAAAAGGACAAAGUUGAGGGAACAUCAAAAGCAGUAAUGUCCUACUUUACAGAACCACAAGUUCUGUAAACAGCCUGCAAGUUCUUGGGGUUGAAAUAUUUCAGUGUCCUCUUUAAUAUUUUCAAGCAUUUUCUGUUUCUUGUAAACCUGAGAAAGAUCUUUUAUAUUCAAUUACUGAACUGUGGCAUUUUCUAUUCAACUACUGAAUUGUACUAUGAAUAUUUUUAUUGACCUUUGUUUCAGUAAUUAGCUGCUUUUCUGGUGCUUUCAACAAUGGAACUAGGGAUGUUGUAUCAUUUCCAGGCCUGCAGGGUGGUCAACAAACAGAUGGUAGAAUGUCAAAAUUAAACUUCUAAAUAUUGUACUAUGACAGUUAAAAGUCAGUAUCUCUCAGCUGAUGAAGGCUUUAUGAUUGUCCUCAGACAGGUGCUGUGGGCUUGACUUUCAUAACUGUGUAUGUUUUAUGAUGUGCAAUAUAUAAAAAAAACUCCAAAAUGGCAUAGUGCUUUGCACAAGUCUUGGAAUGUAACCAUGAUAACAUUCAGUAACUUUUAUUUCAAAUCAGGUGAUGAAAACUGCUGACAGCUACAAGCUGUAGCAAUGUAUACAUUGCUCAGAUCUCUUGUCUGCUCACAAUGGGGGGAAAGAAAGUGAGAUUAUUUGUCAGUAAUCACAAAAGGGCAGAGGGCUAAUUUAUCAGGCUUUUUUCUAACCUGACUUGUAAUUUCUGCAAUGAAUUUGGUGACAUAUUUGUGUAAAUUUAAUAUUUGUUUUGUGUGCAAAUUGCAAAGUAUACUUUCUUACACUUCUGUUUUUUUUAUUUGAAAAACUUUGUACUUUAUUUUCUUGUAUUCUUAAAUAAACAGUCCCUGUAGAAUUCAUCUUAUUGGAGUAUAAAUACGAAUUGUGUAGGAAUUUUUACCUUCUAAUUUGUUUUAAAGUUUCUUAAAGGAAAUGGCAUGUUACGUAAAUAGUGUACUACAGAUUGAGUGCAAAAUAUUUUGAAUUAUACAUUUUUUAUUUAUAUAUCCUUUCAGUUAAAUGAAAUUCUUAUUUUGCUUUCUAUUGUACAGAUUUUCAUACUGACUACAGAUGUAAUGUAUAUGAAAACUAAUUGUAAAUAGAAGGAAACAGUCCACAGCCUAAUACCACUAGAUCCCAGUUUCAGAUGUAAAUAAAGUAUGAAGUCAAGUGCC